CAGACAGGCAAGGUCACAUUGAAUUUGAUGGCUUUUCUUAUUUGUUCACGUCGGAAUUUUAAUACCAACUAAAGUGUUGAAGGGUUGAUCGUGUUACACCCACGUCAUAAUUUCAACGCAAUGUGCCCGAAUUAUGCAAGUAAGUAAUAACAUCAGUUUAACUUUAAUCAAGAUAUUUUACUUUACAAGGUUUCUAUAAAUAAUUUCUACUGCAAAAUGCACAUCAUAGUGGUUACAUAAAAAAAGAAGGAAAAAUGAGUGUAAAAUUUGUUACAAUUUUUCUUUUGCAACUUUCUCUCUUUGUAUUAACAACUGCAGAUUACGAUCUUAUGCCAGAUCUUUUCCACCUUGAUGAUUAUGAUAAAUGUUUAUACUACAGUAGUCAGAAGGAUCCGACGUAUUGUUCACUUAUAGUACAACUACUUCCUGAAAAUUGUGGAAAUAUGUCAGAAGUUAUAAACAGGGCCUGGAAUACCAUUCAGAAAGUAAGCUCAGACAAUAGGAAAUAUCGUCACGACCUUUUGCGACACGGAGUUUGUGCUUCUACACUGUGUUCACAAUAUAAUGGAACAAUAUAUAACUGUCUGAGUAACCACUAUGAGACUAAAUAUAGAAAUCACGCACUUGUAGGAAAAGUAAAUUACAUUCGUUGUGAAAUGCAAAACUCCAAUUAUAAAUCUACAUCGACUGAUGUUGUUAUAAGUGUACUUGCAGGACUGUAUAUUCUUUUUGUAUUGUCCGUAUCAGUUUGGCUUCAGCUAAAUAAAAACAAAUCAAAAGGUGACAAAACGAAGGUCAGAACAUCAACUACCACCUUUUCAGACCAAAAAUUUUUAGCAAUAUUUUCAUUCUGUGAUAACAUGAACUAUAUUUUCACCACCGAACACAACAAUCAGGAUUACAUGCUUUUCUUACAAGCAAUGCGAUUUAUUACCUCAUUUUGUAUAAUAUCUGGCCACGUAAUGGGAUUUAGUAUGAUGACUCCAGUCUUAAAUCCUUAUGAACUGGAAAAAGAUAUCGAAAAGACAUACUAUUUAUUUUUUCCUCAAGGCAAAAUGUUAGUUUCCAUAUUCUUCGUGAUUUCUUCUUGGCUGUUAUCCGUCCAGUUUUUUAAAAAACUGAAAAAUGAUGGUCAAAUUAGAUUCCGGUAUGUUCUGCAAUCUAUAAUAAAAAGAUAUAUUAGGUUUACGUCGGGACUAACCGUCAUUAUCUUGCACACUUCUUGGUUAAAUCAUUUGUUUCGUGGUCCCUACGCCGAACCAAUUUUAGGAACCGAAUAUAAUGUGUGUAGAAAAAAAUGGUGGACAAAUUUAUUAUACAUCAACAACUUUGUGAUUAGCGAUGGAGCGUGCCUCAUGCACACAUGGUAUUUGUCGGUAGACUUCCAGUUAACCGUGUUGGGACUCUUUCUUCUAUGGUUAACUCAAAAGCAACCCAAAUAUCUACUGUUAACUUCAGGAUUUGUGAUUGCGUUUCAAAUAAUUUUUAUGUUUGUCUAUUUAGCUAUGAACAAUUUUAAAUUUGCUAUGAUUGUUACUGCUGAGAUGACGCAUUAUUUUAAAAUUACAUUUCUGAAAGAAUGGCAGGCUACAUGGACUAGUACUUACUCCAAUUUAGCACCAUUUGCGUUUGGACUUUGUUUUGGUUAUCUCUACAUCCGAUAUGAAAAACAUAAAUAUGCUAAGAUUUAUAUAAAUUUGUGGCGGAUCUUGACUAUACUUCUAAUUCUUGGAACCCCUCUUCUAUCUGCAUAUUUUAUGACUACGACUAUGUACACAAAUCGAUGGUUUAAUGCAGCCUAUGGAAGUAUAGAUAAAAUUCUCUUUGAUUUAGGAAUCGCACUGUUCAUUUUUGGAUUGUCUCAAAAUCUUGGAGGUAUCGUUAAAAUGUGUUUUGAAUGGGCUCCAAUGCAUUCGCUGGGACAACUCUCUUUUGGUGCAUACUUGAUCCAUUUUAGUAUUCUAGAAAUAGAUGCUAGUUUGAGACGAACUCCGCACUACUUUUCAGUGUUUCUAGUUGUAUGCGAAAAUGUUAAAAUUUUGGCAAUAUCUUACAUGUUGUCUGUCAUUUUCACAGGUUUUGUUUUAUUGCCUAUGGCAAGAUUAUCGAAAAUGUUGCUUACCUGCAACGAAGUAAACAACCAGUUAAAAGUUGUAUCUAAAGACAAAGGUAAACUAGGGUAGCAUUAAAACACAUUCUUUGAUACAUUCAGCCGCGUUGUUGCUUGAAACGUCAAACUUUCGAAUUUUUUGAAAAUAAAAGUGCAAAAUGGUUUUUUCUGUGGAACAUAAAACAUUCAUGACCGAGUCCUACUUCCGAAAUGGAGUUGCCAUUGAAGGCGAAUGCAUUAUUACAGUGGUGCUGUUUUACAAAAAUUUUGCAGGCUGAUUUUAAUAUUCGUAUUGCCUACUGCAGAUGAUUUUUUGAACAUCCCAAUGAUGAUAACUUGCUGGAUUUAACAUUAUUUUCUGAUGAAGCUUGGUUUCAUUCCUCCGGUUAUGUUAACUCUCAAAAUAUGAGAUGUUGGACUGCUGAAAAUCCACAUGUCUUUCGUGAAACACCACUCCAUCCCGUUGGUAUACCUAUGAUGCGUAUCAUUGGACCCAAAUUCUUUGAGGAAACUGUAACAGCACAAAGAUGUCUAAACAACAGGAUGUUGAACUCCAAGACGGGUUUUUUUAACAUGACGAUGCCACAUACAACAGUAGACAAUUUGAAUUUUUUAUGUGAAUUUUUUGAUGAUAGGGUGAUAAUGAUAAGUUAACAUUCAGUUCCUGAGUACCCCCUAAUGUCACCAGAUUUAACCCCUCUGAAUUACUUCUUGUUCGGUCAUCUAAAAAACACUAUUUUUUAAACUCCCAUCCACACCAUAGAAAAACUGAAAGACAGAAUUGCCGAAAAGUGCGCUCGCAUUACUCUUGCUAAAUUACAAAAUGUGUUUGAUAACAUGAAAAGACGUGUCAAUUUAUGUAUGCAGGAGAAUGGAUACCAUUUCCAACAGUUUAUUUAACUCUGUUUUCUCCUUUUAAGUAAACUUAUUCACAAAUCUGCAGAA